UACACAUAACAUACGUAUCAAGAGUUUUUUUUUUUUAUCAGGUAAAAAAAUAAGUUUCAAAUCAAAUGGCCAGUCGUGGUGCAACUAGUGUUAUCACCGCCACGACUGGCAUUAUUCAUACCUCUGUAACGUCAACGGUAACGGCAUUGCAAACAAUCACCAAUGUGUUCAACGUUAGCUCCGUGCACUCAAACAACGUGAACAUCUCAAACAACACGCACAUCGGACUCGGAGCUGCCGGUGGUGGAGGCGCCACUGGAAACGAUGGUAACGGGCCGGAUGGCGAAGCAGCCAAACCAAUGUAUCCGCGUCUAUUCAACAAAAUUGUGCUAACGUUGGAGAACAGUCUCAUACCCGAGGAGAAAAUUGAUGUGACGCCGUCCAGUCAGGACGGACUCGAUCAUGAAACGGAAAAGGAUCUGCGCAUACUUGGCUGUGAGCUAAUACAAACGGCGGGCAUACUGCUGCGCUUGCCCCAAGUGGCCAUGGCCACUGGCCAAGUGCUUUUUCAGCGCUUCUUUUACUCGAAGAGCUUUGUGCGCCACAAUAUGGAAACGGUCGCCAUGAGCUGUGUGUGCCUCGCCUCCAAAAUAGAGGAGGCACCGCGUCGCAUACGCGAUGUCAUCAACGUCUUCCAUCAUAUCAAGCAAGUGCGCGCACAAAAGGAAAUAGCGCCCAUGGUGCUGGAUCAGUACUAUACGAAUAUGAAGACUCAGGUUAUCAAAGCGGAGCGUCGUGUGCUCAAGGAACUUGGCUUUUGUGUGCAUGUGAAGCAUCCGCAUAAGCUGAUUGUCAUGUAUCUGCAGGUGCUGCAGUAUGAGAAGCACGAGAAACUGAUGCAAAUGUCGUGGAACUUUAUGAACGAUUCGCUGCGCACGGAUGUCUUCAUGCGCUAUACGCCAGAGGCGAUUGCCUGUGCCUGCAUUUAUUUGAGCGCACGUAAGCUCAAUAUACCGCUGCCGCAUAAUCCGCCGUGGUUUGGUAUAUUUCGUGUGCCAAUGGCCAAUAUCACGGAUAUUUGUUAUCGCGUGAUGGAGCUUUAUACGCGCGCCAAGCCGGUUGUGGAGAAGCUCGAAGCGGCCGUCGAGGAGCUGAAGAAGCGUUAUAUCGAUGCACGCAACAAGACCAAGGAGGCAAAUACACCGCCUGCUGUCAUCACGGUAGAUCGCAAUAAUGGCUCUCACAAUGCCUGGGGUGGCUUUAUACAGCGUGCCAUGCCGCUGCCCACAGAGAAGUCGCCAAAGAAGGACUCCCGUUCACAUUCACGAUCCCGGACACGCACGCAAUCACGUUCGCCACGCUCACGUACGCGCAGUCAUUCGCCAAGUCGCGAGCGAUCGAAAAAAUCGCAUCGUGAUCGUGAUCGGGAUCGGGAUCGAGAUAGGGACCGUGACCGCGAACGUGAUCGAGAACGUGAUCGUGACAGGAGUCGCUCGUCUAGAUCUCGCUCGCGGUCAGCGCCCAAACACAAAAAGAAAUCGCGUCACUAUUCGCGCUCGCCCACGCGCUCCAGUUCGCCGCACAGCAAGCACCGGAAGAGGAAAUCGUCGAGAGAGCGCUCCGAUUACUAUGUGAAAAAGGAACGCUCCAGCAAUACGGGCAACAACAACAUCAGCGAUAGCGACAAGUACCGCAACUCCAGUUCCAAUACGGGCAAAUCCCACAAUCGCUACUCGCAUCGUGGCAGUGGUGGGGGUGGCGGAGGAGGAGGAGGCAGCGUCGGUGGUGGUGGUGGUGGUCAUAAUAGCCGAGGUGGGCACAAGCAUCGCGAGAGCGAUCGGGCUAGAGAUCGCAAACGUUGAUGAAAACUCUA